AUGGCCGCUGCAGGGACCUGCUCCGCGUGCGGCGCUCGCCCAUUCCACUUUGAGUGUGUAUCGGACUACACAGAAGAGAACGCGGGCCUGCAUACCAGCAGCGGCAAGGCUCGAGAGAAGGGCAGGUUUUACGCCAGGAACCGCCCUCAGGACCUAUUUGCCCAGAACCGAACGCGCAAGCCCCAGGGGUGCCCCAACCCAGACUGCUCAGGCAUGAUGGUGGAUGCCGAACUCAUAAAGAGAAAAAAUGCAGCCCCGCCUGUGGCAGAGCCGGCGCCACCCGCUCCGCCUGCCAAGCGCCCCGCCGCUCAGAAGCAGCCGGCGGCGGCGGCGGCGCAGAAACCGCAGCAGGCGCCGGCAGCUGCGGCCAAGACACCGGCUAACCCCGCCCUCGCCAAGGAAGCGACAAACCCGGCCGGCAGUCAGAGCAACAAGGCUGGCGUCGCUGCCGCCACCAGUGCUGGCGGUGCCAGCCGACCCAGUGCUGGGGUGGUUGGUAGCAGCACUAGCAUGAAGGCAGCAGGAGGCACUGGUGGCGCCCCCCUGAGCAGGUCUGGGAGCUCUGCCAGCAACAGCCACAGCGCCAGCGCUGCCGCCACCAGUGCGUCUCAAAAGCAGCAGUUGCAGCAGCUGCGGGCUGCUGCUGCCUCAGCCCGUGCCACCAUCAUCGGCAUUGGGUGGUUUGGCAGCAGCCCAGGUAGCAGCCCCCGCAACCAGCCCGCCGUGAGGCGACCGCAGUCUGGCAGCAGCACCAUUGGCGGCACAUUUGCGGCGCUGGCUGGCUCGGCUGAGCCCCCAGAGUGGCAGGGAGAGUCGGAGGGAGAGGAGUUGGAGGCUGAGGCGGUGCCAGUACCGAGCCCCAGCGAGGCAGCAGGAGAGGCGCUGUCGGCAGAGGCAUGGCCCGCGCUGGGCUCCACCGUGGCAGGUGCCCGCCCCGACCCGCGGGAAGCACGUGGGGAGGGGGAGGGCGCAGGCGGCAGCGAAGACGGGAAGGAUGCGGCGCGGCAGGCAGCGCCGAGCGCUGGGAGUGCGGGCGCCGCGCUAGUGGCGGCGGCAGGGCCUGAAGGCGGCCUGGGGCGGUGGCAGGCGCCGGCAGCAGCCACAGGGACGGAGCCUGCCUGGCAUCCGUGGGCGGAGCGUCAGCAUGCCGGCCCGCGGCCCGCCGUGGCUGCCGGUGCGCCCGGCGGCGGCGGCGGCCAGUGUGCUGCCACCCCCGACUGGGCAGCCCCAGACCCAGCCCCAGACCCCCUCCAUCAGCCAGAGCCUGCUCCGUCACCCUCAGGCUUUGAGGACGGGUACGCCGCAGGCCUGGCUGCCGCCCUGCGCUGCCAGCAGGAGGACCUCCAGCGGCGGUGGCAGUCGGGGCAAGAACUGUGGCAGCAGCCUCCGGCGCCGGCGCCCUCACACGUGGCAGAAGAGCACCUGCAGGCGCAGCCCUGUGGGACGCGCAGCUUGUGGCAGGCGCCGUUGCCGGUGCAGGAGCAGGCGGGCGUCGGCGAGCAGCCGGCGUGGGGCGUGCAGGCGGCACCCGCGGCGGCGGUGCCGGGCCAGGGUGAUGACGAGGCAGAGCGACAGCGCAACCGAAACCGCAGCGCAGCUAGCACGCCUGCAGGCAUGGACGGGUCCUGCCACAUCCUGGCCUCCAGCGAUGCGCAGCCCUCGGGCGCCGCCAGCGGCAACGCAUUUGGUGCGCUGCUGCAAGUGGCAGAAGUGGCGGCGGCGCAGGAUAGGAACCUGCGGGAGCCAGGUGAGAGGACGCCAGCCGCCCACCAGGCUUCUCGGCAGCGCAGCAGCCACCUGCAGGCGGAUUUUCAGCACCACCACCGGCGGCUCCGGGGCAGGCAUGGGCCCGCCGCAUCCGCCAGCAGCUCAGGCUGCGCGGCCACGCAGCAACGCACCAGCAUGCCGCAGCUGCCAGCCUCACAAGCGCUUGCAGCGGCCAGCCAUGGUGGGCGGCGCCACGAGGCGAGCGUGUCUGCGCCUGGCAGCCGCAAGCGGCCCAGCAUCACAGAGGCGGGCUCCGAGUCGCCGCCCCUGAAGCGCAACCCCAGCCUGCAGCUGCUGCAGCAGAUGCAGCAGCUGCCCGGCUGGACUGAGCAGCACAAUGUUGAGCUGCAGAAGCAGCUGCGCACCCUGCUGCUCCUGCAGCAGCUGCAGGCGCAGACGCAGGCGGCGCCCCAGCACCGCCACCCCCCGCAUCCCCUGGCCGGUGCCGCCCUUGCCCGCAUUGCCAGCGCCAGCGCACUGCACCUGCCAGAGUCGCCCCACCUGCAGCAGUUCCACCGCUCAGCCUCCUUCAGCGGCGCCCUGCCCUCGCCGCCGCGCCCAGGCAGCGCCGCCGCCGGCUCCAGCCACAACGCCGCCCAGCUGGCAGCGAUGCUGCAGCAGAUCAACCUGCUGAGCCAGACCGACACCACCCAGGCGCAGCAGGGACUGCACCAGCAGCAGCAGGCUGCCACCGCUCUGCCAACUCCGGCAGCAGCGGCGGCAGCAUGUUGGAGCGCCCCAGGGCCCCCAGCCCCCGCACCCUGCAGCUGA